CCCGUCUGACAGCAGUCAGAUUAGUCGGGAUAUGGCGUCGCUGCACCGACACAGGAUGAUUUUUCACCGCUCCGUGGGAAUUUGCGAGUCGCGCACCGGGACGGCGCUCUGUUUCUGUCGCUCUUUCUAGGGGAUCAUACAUGGCGAUGGAGGACGAGGAUAACAACGCAGCGGUUGCUGCGACCAACAUUCAAGCGGGCACCAAGAAGGGAGGUGAUGUCGGAGAUAACGGGGCUUGCAUAGACAGGCAGCCGGACACGGUGGUCCACCAGGCGGGGCUGAAUCCGACUGCAGGUCGCGGCAGCCGCAGUGGUCCCGGAGCUCACGCUGCAACGGGGAUCCGAGUUUUAAAGCAGCGCAACAUGAAGCGGAACGGGAGUCGAGGCUGCGUGACGAGAAAGACCAGAUUUGGAUCACGAGAGCGUGACUGGCUAAAGGGGGACCCCCAGCGGGGCUGCGUAUGUCUGUAUGGGGGGACGGUGGACCCCCAGCCACCUGCCUCUGGCCCGCAGGGCUCCUCCACCCCUCAGACGGACCUGCAGCUGGUACUCUGCUCCACCAGUACCACCGUGGAGGAGCUGUGCGCUCAGAGGGAUGGGCAGGGGCUCUACGUUCAGCUGCAUGGAGACCUGGUCAGGAGGCUCGACCCCUCUGAGCGUCCACUCCAGAUGGUGUACGACUACCUGGUGUCUCUUGGUUAUGCAGACUCUGUACGAGUGCAGCAAGAAGCCGCCAACUCCGACCUAAGCUGUUUGAUCCGUUUCUACAGUGAGCGUCCAGUGAAUGCAGACCAGCAGGAGAGGACCUUGCUGAAAGGCGUGUUCAGCGUCAGGAAGGGCAAGACGCAGCUACACAAGUGGGCAGAGCGGCAGGUCAUUCUCUGUGGCACCUGUUUAAUCGUGGCCUCCGUCAAAGACAGCCUGACUGGGAAGAUGCACAUCCUGCCCUUGGUGGGGGGAAAGGUGGAGGAGGUGAAGAGGAGGCAGCACUGUCUGAUGUUCAGCUCGGCCGGAUCGCAGGCCCAGACGUACUUUGUCAACUUUGACACACUCGCAGAUUACCAGCGCUGGCACCGGCAGGCAUCAAAAGUGGUGUCUCAGACGGUAAGCUUGGUCGACCUGUCCUGCUACAGUCUGGAAACUGUGCCUGAGUAUCUGUUUUACAGUCAGGACAUCACCCACCUCAACCUGCGACACAACUUUAUGAGCCUACAGGGACCCGGGGGCCUUCUCAACCUCCCCAGGUUUUCUCAGCUGAAGAGCCUGAACUUAUCUCACAACCGCCUGGGUGUGUUCCCUGAGUGUGUGUGUGAGAUCCUCACCUUAACUGAACUCAACCUCUCCUGCAACAGUCUCCAGACCAUUCCUGUCCAGAUAGGCAACCUUCAGAGCCUACAGACGUUGUCUUUGGAUGGAAACCACCUCAGCUCCCUGCCCGAAGAGCUGGGUAGCCUGUUUCAGCUCAACAGCCUGGGGCUCUCCUUCAACAACUUCUCUCACAUCCCUGCUGUGCUGGAGAGGCUGAGUGCGGUGGACAAGCUGGCUAUGGCUGGGAACAGAGUGGAGGGACUGGAGCUGUGUAUUCUGGUCAGAAUGAGCCACUUGAAAAACAUUGACCUCCGGCUGAACGGCCUGAGGUGGGUGAAAAGUGAGAGUCUAGAGGCAGUGAGCCAGGUGACCCAGCUGGACUUGCGGGACAAUUGUUUGGAUUCACUCGACCUGAGCUCCGUCUGCAACCUGGAGACUCUGCACUGCCAGCGCAACCAGCUGGGGACACUCACACUCAGCGGUUUCACACUGCGCAUGCUUCACGCCAGCAGCAACCGCCUCUCAACAGUCAACAUCUAUCCAGUUCCUAACCAGUUGACUCACAUGGACCUAUCACAGAACCUCUUGGAGUACCUUCCAGACUGGGUGUGUGACUGCCGAAAAAUUGAGAUGCUGGACAUCACACACAACCUCCUGUCUGAGCUCCCUUCCAGACUUCUCAACAGCUUGAGUUUGAGGAAGCUGCUGACGGGGAAUAAUCGUUUGCAGAGAGUGCCUGACCUACUUGACCACGUCCCCCUGGAAGCCCUGGACCUCCAGCACAACAAGCUCGCUGAGCUUCCAGAGAGUCUCUUUUACAAGGCCUUAAACCUAAAAUACUUAAAUGUGUCCGCCAAUGCCCUGGAAAAUAUUCCUCCCAGCAGCCAAUCAGAGGAGAGUCUCAGCACGCUCCAGGAGCUCUACCUGACGGGGAACAACUUGAGCGAGAACUGCGGCGCUCUGCUGGUCGGGCACCAGAACCUGCGGAUCCUUCACAUCGCCUACAACCAGUUACUGUCCUUCCCUGCCAGUAAGCUGAGUAAGCUGGAACUGCUCGAAGAGCUAAAUUUAAGUGGCAACAGGUUGAAGACUAUCCCCUCCACUGUGUCCAGCUGUAAGAGACUGCACACCCUCAUAGCACACUCCAAUAACAUCACUGUCUUCCCAGAGAUCCUCAACCUGCCCGAGAUCAAGCUUGUAGAUUUAAGCUGCAAUGAGCUGACCGAGAUCCAGCUGCCUGACUCUCUGCCAGCAUCUCUGCAAGAACUGGACCUGACAGGCAACAGUAGCCUGAUACUAGAACACAAAACGCUCAAUCUCUUCAGCCACAUCACCACCCUGAAAUUAGACCAGAAAUCCACAACGGCAGCUGGAGACUCACUGAGUGCCCCCACACCAUGGAACCAUGGAUACUCUGAGAUGAGUGGCCAGAGGAAUAAGUUGUGUGUGUCUGUGCUGGCUGUAGACCGCUUCGGAGACAGCGUGGAAGCCUGCUACGGUAUCUUUGAUGGCGAUCGCAAUGAGGAAGUGCCUCGGCUGCUGCAGUGCACCAUGGGAGAUGUGCUAUGCGAGGAACUGCAGCACUCCAGCGUUGACAGUGUGUAUAUGUGCAACACUUUCAUCACCUCGCACAGGAAACUAGGUAUGGCAGGCCAGAAACUGGGCGCCUCUGCCUUACUGUGUUACAUCCACCGUGAGACUUCGGAUCCAGGCGGCUACUUCAGCCUUACCGUGGCCAACGUGGGCACCUGCCAAGCCGUGCUGUGCAGGGAUGGACGACCGGUACCGCUCUCUAAGGUUUACAGCUUGGAGCACUGCACUGAGGAGAUGGACAGGGUUAAACUCAGUAAAGCCAUUAUUACAGAGGAUAACAAAGUGAGCGGAGUGACAUGCUGCUCCCGCCUGUUGGGCUGCUCUUAUCUUUCUCCCUGGGUGCUUCCAAAGCCCUGGGUGCACACUGAGCCUCUCUGCUCCCAGGAUGAGUUCUUGAUCCUGGGGAACCGAGCCCUGUUUGAGCGAGUGUCCUACCAGGAGGCUGUGCGCACUGUGAAGGCUGUGCAAGAUCCGCGCGCCGCUGCCAAGAAGCUGUGUUCACUCGCCCAGAGCUAUGGCUGCAAGGACAACAUCGGGGCAGUGGUGGUGUCCCUGCGUAUCGGAGAGGACAGCUGCACCUGUGAGCCACUGGUCUCCACUGUUGAACCACGGGGUCCCGCCCUUGUCCCUGCGCCUGUGUCGGUGACCUCCGGCCCUGCUGACCCAGCCAACCUCUCAUCCAGUAGUGGCAUUGUGACUGAAUUCAACAGUGAGACGUCAGCUUCAGAGGUGGGCAGUGAAGCAGGCUCCACCGCUUCAGACGAACACCCAUCCUCUGGCCCUGCAGCCCGCCCAGAGAGACGCUGUAGCAUUCACCCUGCUACUACGCUGUGUGGGAUCAUGGUGCCAGGCUCAGCUGGGGCGGGAACCCACCCGGCCCUGUUCCAGCGGCAGCCCUCCUGUGCUACAUUCUCAAGUAACCAGUCUGACAACGGCUUGGACAGUGACGACGAAGCUCCUCUUGAUGGUGUUAUCUCCAAUGGCAGCAAGUUGGAAGUGGAGGUGGAUAUUCACUGCUGUGCUUUUCAAAUCCGGGCCCCUGAAACCCCCAAAGAUUUGGAUCUGGAAAAGCGGGGCACGCACUACGGCAAUGGCAAAAUGCGCAGACAGAACAGCGUGGUGGUUUCUGCUACAAACGGCUGCCUUCUAGCUGUAUGUGGAAGAGAGAUCGCUGACCUCAAGAAGUCUCCCUCCACAUGCAGCCUGUUUGCAAAGAAGAUGUCCAAUGGCUCAGUGGUAGCCCCCGAGGACAGUCAUAAUCUCAUUGAGGUUGCCCUAGAGGCUCCUAAGAAAAAGUCUGGCUACUUCACUGCCCCAGCACAGCAGGACCCAGAGGACCAGCUGAUUGUGCCUCCUAGUCUGGAGCAAGAAGUCAGGGAGCAGCUCAGAGGCCAGAGCCCUCUAGUCUCAGGCCCCUCCGCACCAUCCACACCCACCUCCUUAAAAGAUCCCGUGUGGGAUCACCCACAUCCCCCUUCAUUUCCCUCGAACCUGGUCCCUGGUCCGGGCCCAACUCCCAUCCUACACCAGGAAGUCUAUGAUACUGCCCUCUAGAGGGGAGCACAGCACAGUGCCAUGAGGCUGCAGUUCUGUGGUUAUACCAUUCUGGGAUAAGAUUUGUCUCAUACAUGUGAGAUAUUCCAGUUCAAGUUGCCAUUCAGACGACAUUUUGUGACGACAAGACAAACAAAUGGGACCCUGAAAGUUACUGAGUGAUGUUGUGCCAUUAAUGUGCAGGGUAGAAAGGUGCAUGCUCUGACUAUCCAAGAGAAAAGGGGUGAACAAAGAUUCCACUUCAUAACAUGAUGCUGUGAAACGGACAGCUGGCCAUUACUGAAAAAAACAACAACCGUGACCUGAAGCAGGACACUUCAUGUGUUCGUCAACAGCAUUUCCCUUUACUUGGAAAGUCAAGCAAUCUGGUGCGUGCGCAAGAGAUUUUGUCAAAUCUCCUCUCCGGGGGCUCUGCGGUCUCUCAGGUCCUGGUGAGAAACCCUGUGACUGCAACUUGAAAAGUGCCUACUUCAGACAAAAAAGCCUUGAGCUCCCCAUGUCCAGGCUAUAGUUAAGUGUGGAGGAGGGACAGUGUCUCUAAGAGACCACAGCUGGCACAGCGUCUGCUCUCCUCCUCUACCUGUGGCUUACAGAGGAAAUCAGACAGUGUACAUGCUCAUCAGACACAAAGGACUAAAAGAGGUGAAGACAAACUAACUGCAUUUCCAUUGCUAGAAACAUUACAGUUGGGUUUUAUUUUUAACAGAUAAACAUUAUAUGUAUAGAACCUUCUAUAUAGGACGGAUCAACUCUAAACAGUAUAGUACACACUGACAAUAAGCAGCCAGCUGAGCUGCUGACAUUAAGAUUGAAUAGUAUUGCUGUUUAGGCCGAUGCAGUCAUUUGAUUGUACAGAGCUAAUAUGUUGUAGAAUUAAAAAGAAAUCCUUAGAUCAGUAUAUUCUGUGCAUGAUCAGACGGUCUCCUUAAAAACUAGAUUCAAUGGAAAAUCAAUGCUUCAUUUAAAUUUAGUCAUGAAGUGUUAUAGUUAUGAUCACUGGAUUUUUGAUUAUCAUCUAGUGUCAUUCAUUUGAACAAAGCAGUCAGGCCACAAAACUGAUGAAUUACGUGACGCACUGUAAAGAGAUGAAGGACUGACACAGUAUUUAUACAUACUGUGUGUUUGGAAAUAUCUCCACGGGUACUAAGAUUGUACAACUGUGUAUACUGAGACUUUGGGGGCUUUAAAUUUGUAAACAUCAGCCCAUGUUCCUUUAGUCAGAUUUGGUUCAUCUCAGCAAAUCUUUUUCAGCUCAGCUCUCUGACACACUACCCAAACAAGCAGGCGAUGUUCAAGGAGUUAGAAACACAUAAGAAACCAAACUGACAUUGAACUGGUUAUGUUAGAAGACACACAUAAGACCUGUCUGGUCUGUAUACACGUGGUGUCUUGAAGUCAGUGUGGCACAAAAGCAGAGGUUUUGGAUAUAAAAAUGUAGCUUUCUCUUUAUAAUAACGCAGUGGUUCACUCCCUCACCAUAAGAAUAAUUAAUACUUUUCUCACACACAGCACUUCAGCAGCACUGUAUUUCAUUUCAUUGUAAUACAAAUGGAAGACAUAUUUAUUUUAACAAAAAAAAAAAAAACAUUAUUAUUUGAAUUUUCAGGUAAAUAUUAUGCAGCCCUGGAAACCACACUUUGUCCAGUUUGAACCCUCCCACCUUGUGCCAAAAGAGAAAGCAGCUCUGCGGGGCUGCUGUGGUUAGACUGAGGCCAAAGUUGGGUAAUUGCUCAGUGCCAGUGCUUACUCACAUCAGAUGUAUAUUUUUGGGUUUCCGCUCAUGUGGGCAGUUCGGGGAUUCCACAGUUGUUGCAUAGCUGGACCUUUCAGUGCUCCUCUGUAGCCUUAAAGUAACACUAAUCCCAUUCAUGUCAUGUUUGCGUCUUUAGCUCUGAUGGUGUUGUUUCUGUUGCUCCAUGUGAAUGACUGAGAAUCAGUGAUGAAGCCUUAACAUGAUGUUUGUGAGUAUGAAUGCUUUCUUGUUUGCUGGGUUUUUGUCUUUCAAAAGGAAAAUACACACUGUUAAAAGCACUUUGUACAGAGAAAAUAAAGAUAUACAGUUAUGUAUAUUUGAGUUUAAUACAUGAGAUACUGAUACACAGUGUGCUGGGAUUGUUGUGGCUCCGCCCAGCACAUCACCUCUUGUCUGAGAUGCACCGGCAAUGGAAAUAAUGUAAGGUGACAUAAUGGCAAUUGAUUCCCUUUGUGGUGUGUCUGUGAUAUAACAAAUAUUUCUUAUUUAAGUAUUUUUAUUUGCUCUCAAUUACAUCAGAUUUUUUUCUAACCAUAUCUUAACUUAUAUUUAAAUAUUCAACAUCACCGCCACAAAUAGUGACAAAACAUUCAGGCAUUAAUAAAUGAUCCCUAACAGUCUCUCGUACCUGUAGAUGUACUUUGAAAUUCCUUUAUAAUAAUGAUAUGUAAUGGAGACAUUUGUUGAAGAUUAUAAUAACUAGUAGUGUUAUUGCCCUUACUGUACUGAUUUAGAGUUCCCAUUUAAAUGUUUUUUGUUGUUGUUGUUGUUCUAAAAUUACUAAUCUAUAAGACUAAAAAUAUAUUUACAGACCCUUUAUUGCAGACCGCACAACGUCUGAGAUGCCAAACAAAUGAGACUCUGUGUGCAGGCCGCCACUUUCGCACACAGACAUCUGGUCUGAUCACAGUGAAAUAUCAAUGGCCACUUAAGCUUGUAGCUGCCACUGGGAAGGGAGGGGGGAGGGACCAAGACAGAUUAUGAUUGUGAAAAAUAUAUAUGAAAUGUUUAGCAAGUUCUAAGAGGAGAAACUUUUUUUAAGGUAGUUCGCAACAGCGCUUGGGAAUUAACUUGUAACAUAUGCAAAUGUCUACUGUAUAUAAACCUGUAUAUGAGAGCUUCAUUUUUCCAUCACCUAAAACUAAAAGAAUCCUACUCCUCAAUAUGUCUGAAAAUGAAUAUCGGCUGGUGUGUGUGUAUGUAUGACGUAUGUUGUGUUUGUAGGUUGCAUCUCUCUUUUGACUGGCAGUAUAGUUCUAUUAUAUUUCUCCUCGUAGUCACGUGACACUGGGACUGCAUUUCACUGCUGCUUCAAACCAACUGGGUCCAUUCUUUUCACAGUCAGUUGUACCCUCACUGUCCUUCUCCUUUAUGAUGCCGUGUAUUCACCCACUCUCCUGUUUAAUACACAUGUUCAGUAUACUUGGAUAAUGGUCCAUCAGUAGACUCAUCAGUGUGGAUGGACCUGUAUGUAUGCGGAGUGGAGUGUAUGCUCAAGUACAGGAAGAGGGAGCACAGGGUGCAAUUGGUCUUAAAAUAGUCCCUUUAAUACAUUAGAGGAAAGGGUCCAGUAGUGCAGUACACAAAACACCAAAGUGGAGGGUGUGUACAUUUGGCUACAGUGUUGUUUUAAACUGCUGAUUCAUUUAAUAUCUGGAAGAGAUCCUUUCCUCUUUGCACAAUUAACAAUCUCCCUGUACAACUAUGUUGCAAAAUGUCUGUGCUUGUGUGUAGUUCCAAGCUUUAGCGCACACAUACAGUAAGUGUAUGCAUGCCUGUGUGAAUAAUGGACUGAGUGUAAUCCCACGUGAAUACUAAAUGACACUGAUCAGAGAUGCGCCAGUUGUUUUAACAUGUGACCAAAGUAGCCAUCGUUUAAUGUCACGACUCCUUUCUGUAUGUUCUUUUCGAGAAAUGCUUGAAUAUUUUUUUUCCUCAAUGCCAAGGAGCUUAUAUUUAUUUUUGUACUUCAUAUGUUUCAUGCAAAUUUAUAUUUCCCUGUCCGCUACAGAUUUGAAAGGGAUUCCACAGAAAAACUGGUACUGUCGAGGGUGCAAACUAUAACUGUAUCUAACGUUGAAAGCAUGCCCUAAAUAUAAGUCCACAUAAAUACAUGAAGUACAUACGAAAUGUGAUUUAUUUGUACAAAACGGAGCAUAUCUAAUAUUUUUAGGUUUUUAUUCAAACCUGCAGAUGCUAAAAUUGAUGUUUAAAAACUAUAAGCAGAUUUAUUAUUCAGGAACAGAACUAACAAUGAGCACUUUUGCCGUUUGUCCAACAUAAUUAUACUCCUUGAACCCUGAGCGUGGAAGAUGGUCGUUAUUUUUAUUUUAAAUGCUGCUAUCAUUAGUUUUCAGCAGACAAGCUGUUUUAUUUUUUUUUAUUUUAUUAACUUUAAGCCAAGUAGCAAUAAAACUUUUUACUGUGA